GUUAAAAAAUUUCUUACUCAAUAUGAAACAUCAGUUUUCUGAUACUAAACCUAAUCUAAAUAUAAAAACAGAAGCUGAUGAAUGUCUUUUUGAAUAUCUUCAUGGAGAGAUGGUUAAUUAUAUUGUUGGUAAAUCAUUAGAAGAUACAAAUGAUAUAGAAGAAGAUCUAUCACGUCUUGAAUGGAUGGGCUUCAGUGUCGGAUAUCGUAUCAUUGAAAGAUUAACUAGAGAAUGGCCAAGGUUCAAAGAUGAAUUGGAUAUUAUAAAAUUUAUAUGUACAGAUUUUUGGACUAGUCUCUAUCACAAACAAAUUGAUAAUUUGCGUACAAACCAUCAUGGAGUUUACGUAUUACACGAUAAUGAAUUUUGUUUAUUGGCCAAGAUUGGUAAAAGUGGAAGUAAGCAAUAUUUAAGAGAGAGUCCAAGGUUAUUGGCAUUUACAUGUGGACUUUUAAGAGGAAGCUUAGCAAAUCUUGGUAUUGUAUGUACCGUUAAGGCAGAAGUUUCUGCUUUACCAAGUUGCAAAUUUAAUGUUGAAGUACAGAGGAUUUAAAUUAAUUUUAUUAAACAUAUUAAGGAUUAUUUAUUAUCUUGUAAGUCAAUUCUAA